CUAAAAAGAGACUGGUCCUGCGAACUAUGAAGACACGAAAAUUCCAAACACAUUGUGCAUACUGUGAAUACUCCCAGUGAUCCCAUGCACUCUGGUCACUGCACAAGUGCUCUUUUCUGUUGCUGGACCAGAGCUAAGCCCUGGACUGCCAGCCUGGAAGCUGCAGCGCUGAGGGAGGGAGCAAAGCGUUGUGCAGCUGGGGACAUUGGAAUUGCAGAGCCUCCUCCAGUUGUGGGAGCCACGCACUGAGCAGCGAGACCUGGACCCAUCCAGGUAGAACAGCUACCCAGGAACAAGAGUGACAGCUGGGAGGCCGACGGUGACUUGGGAAGCAAGGGAUCCAGAGCCCUCACCAUGGAGUCCCCGGUCCAGAUCUUCCGUGGGGAGCCAGGCCCCACCUGCGCCCCGAGUGCUUGCCGACUCCCCAACAGCAGCGCUUGGGUCCCUAACUGGGUAGAAUCGGAAAGCAACGGCAGUAUGAGCUCAGAGGACCAGCAGCUGGAGACAGCACACAUCUCCCCGGCCAUCCCUGUCAUCAUCACCGCUGUCUACUCUGUAGUGUUCGUGGUGGGCUUGGUGGGCAAUUCGCUGGUCAUGUUUGUCAUCAUUCGAUACACGAAGAUGAAGACAGCAACCAACAUCUACAUAUUUAACCUGGCUUUGGCAGAUGCCUUGGUUACUACCACCAUGCCCUUCCAGAGUGCUGUUUACUUGAUGAAUUCCUGGCCUUUUGGAGAUGUUCUGUGCAAAAUUGUCAUUUCCAUAGACUACUACAACAUGUUUACCAGCAUAUUCACCUUGACCAUGAUGAGUGUGGACCGCUACAUCGCUGUGUGUCACCCUGUGAAAGCUUUGGAUUUCCGCACACCUUUGAAAGCAAAGGUCAUCAAUAUUUGCAUUUGGCUCUUGUCAUCAUCUGUUGGCAUAUCAGCAAUAGUACUUGGAGGCACCAAAGUUAGAGAAGAUAUGGAUGUCAUUGAGUGCUCCUUACAGUUUCCUGAUGAUGACUAUUCCUGGUGGGACCUCUUCAUGAAGAUCUGUGUUUUCAUCUUUGCCUUCGUGAUCCCCGUCCUCAUCAUCAUUGUCUGCUACACCCUAAUGAUCCUUCGCCUGAAGAGUGUGCGGCUCCUCUCUGGCUCCCGAGAAAAGGACCGAAAUCUCCGCAGGAUCACCAAGCUGGUGCUGGUAGUAGUGGCAGUCUUCAUCAUCUGUUGGACCCCCAUUCACAUCUUCAUCCUGGUAGAGGCUCUGGGCAGCACCUCCCACAGCACAGCUGCCCUCUCCAGCUAUUACUUCUGUAUUGCCUUGGGUUAUACCAACAGCAGCCUGAAUCCUGUCCUUUAUGCCUUCCUUGAUGAAAACUUCAAGAGGUGUUUUAGGGACUUCUGCUUCCCUAUUAAGAUGCGAAUGGAGCGACAGAGCACCAACAGAGUUAGAAACACAGUUCAGGAUCCUGCUUCCAUAAGGGAAGUGGACGGGAUGAAUAAGCCAGUAUGACUAGUCGUGGAGAUGUCUUCUUACAGCUCUCUAGGUAGAGAAGAGUUCAAUGAUCUUGGUUUAACCCAGAUUACCACUGCAGUCUGAAAUGGAAAGAUGAGGUAUUCAAUAAUGAAGACAUGUCAUGCUCUAAAGUCUUGAAGUUCAGGGCACAUUAGUGAUCUAGCUGAGUAGGGGGAGCAAGUCUGAAGAACAGAGCACAGAGGUCCUGGCAACAAUACACCUCUUUCCUAGGACAGGGAAGCCAGUCUAAUUUCAACCCAUUCAUAAACAAAGAUAAUACUCUUUCUUCUGGUUCUCCUGGUUUAGUUCCCCUCCAUCUGUGUGACCUUCCUAUGCAACAUAGUUCCAAAGCUCUGGAGAAGAAAAGAAAAGAAAAAGCAAAGCAAAACCAAACCAUUGUAUCCAAAGCUUAGUGGACACCAAACUUACCUGCUAACACUGGCAGAAGCAACCUCAGUUAGAAUGAGACCAUGUCAAUGCUCAUACCCUGCUAGGUGGACAUGUUUCAUGUGUGAAAAGAAUGCAUCUUAGUAAGAACUUAGACCCAAGAUGCUGGACAAGUGCAUAGUGGUAGAGAAUAUCAUGUUGACAUUUGUGAAUGUGUUUAAAGUUGUGAAUGCUCUCUUCUCAAAGUGGUUAAUGCCUUGAAAACUACAGUUUGCUACUUAAGAUCUCUGAGUUUUAGCAUACUAUUCAGGCAGGUAAUCUGAGAAAAGAUGUACUGGUGUUAAGAAGUAUGAAGCUUAUAUACCAACAAAGUGUGUGUAGUUUCAUCUGUAAAUAGUCUCUGUGUAAAUAAAGAACAGACCUCCUGUGCAGUCAGGACAUUUCUCAAGGGUGCAUCAGUGAUACCCCUCGAGACAUGGAGAAUUGUUGCUGAGAUACUUUGCUGCCAUGUAAGGUUCUCUGGGACUCAGUCAUGGUGUGAUUUCCUCUGGAUUCCUUGAACAUCAUUUACUCUAACACUGCUCAUAACUUAGUGUUAAUAAAUUCCCAGACUUUGAAUUCAUUCUAAGAUGGUAGUUUUGGUCAAAUCUGCUUUGUGGUAGCAACUGUUUAUAAACACACACCUAUUGCUGAAUUCUCUACUUAUGUAGAGCAAGUUGUUUUGAUCAUGCGAAUCUUCAGAUGUUAUGUUCUGGCUUUCUGCAGGAAGUAGAUUUGCUCCCAAAUAUAUACUGAAGAAUGAAAUGAAGCUUGAGGUGGCUGAGCACAGCUUGCACUGUCUUGGGUAAGGGGGUACCUGUGGAGGUCACUGUCUGAGAAAUCCAUUUAGAAUAUUUUUGCUAACUCUUCCAAAUGACAUAUAAAUUCCCCCUUCUUUAAAACUUGUAGCCAGAGAUAAUGAUGAUUUUUUUGUAAUGUGACUUUAAAGAAGAAGGAAAGGAUAAUUUAGAAAUGACUUCUAUUUCAAAGCUUGUGCAUGGUUAGAGCAGCACCCCUUGGAGUCUAAUAGAGCAUCUAAUGUGUGGACCUGGAUACUAUAGGCAGGGUUCCAUCUGUGAUUUCUCACCACUAGCUGUUUCACUGCUGCUGCUCCCUCUCUUUCUGGAGACCGAGGCAUGCGUGAAGGUAUAACACACUCUGUAGAGUCACAGCCAUUAUGUUUAUCUCUAUUUGGGACUUUUAUGCUACUGGAUUCAAUGGUGACUAGUGACAUUGCAGACACAUUUCCUAAUGGAAAUGAAGUAUUCUUUGGAAUACUUCUUAAAUUUCACAGAAUAGUUAGAUAUUCUGAAAUUCUUUUGUAAUAACACAAAGAUGGAAUUUAUUAAGAAAAUGUGUUAAUGUAGAUUUAAGCGUGGAGGUUAACAGGGGAAGAGAGACAUGUAAAAGGGGGGGAGGUGUAUACCCUAGAGUGGACACAAAAUUCUUUGAAAACUAUAUUAUUAUUAUUAUUAUUAUUAUUAUUAUUAUUAUUAUUAUUGUGAGUGUGUGCAUUAUGGCAUGCAUGUAGAGGUCAGAUGACAACUUUGCAUAAUUAGUUCUCUCCUUUUUACUUUACAUGGGUUCUGGGGAUGGAAUACACAACAUCAGGCUUACAUUGUCAGGUGUCAUAUUCCUUUACUUGUUAUCUUGCCAGCCCAGGCCACAGCUUACUUAAAGAAAGAGUCACCACCCUUGAAUUCUUAUAACUGAAUAUAUAUAAUAAGAAUGACUUAAAUAUUGGGUGACAUUAGCUCAAUAGUUAAAAACCUUGGCUAGUAUACUAAAGGGACACGUAUGUGAACAAAGCAGUUCCAGGAACAAAAACCACUGAAGUAGGCAAUAGAAAUGCUUCUACAGUGCACAAAGAUGGGGGAGAUGUUGGUACAUCUUGCAAUGGAAUUAUAAUAGUGACCUCUUUAAAUUAACACUCUAUAUGCUCUCCUAAUAUCUCUGCUUUCUGCAUUUCUUGAUCCCAUGGAGGGGAGGUAAAUAGCUUAACUGCCCUUGAGUUGAAUUCUGAGCUUCCCUCUUAAACUGAAAGUGGAAAACAGAUGACAGCCACUUUGGGGCACUAGCUUAAGGAAUGAUAAAGAGACUCACACAGGAAAAAAAGUAUCAAUUACAUAUGUGUGUUUUAUUGUUUGAAUACAGACAUGUGCACAUAUAUAUAUGUAUAUAUAUAUAUAAUCAUGUAUGAGAAAGAUGCUAAGGAGCAGUGUCACGAUGCUAAGGAGCAGUGUCAUCCUUCCAUGCUCGAUUGUUUCAAACAGUGCUUUUGUCUAAACCCAUGGCCCCCAAGUGGCUCUCCCUCUCCGAGGUUUCCAGAAGGUUCUUCCAUCACACAAAGAAGGUGUUGCUUGCUAUGUUUGUGACCUCAAGAUCAACUCUACCUGGAUUAUAUCUUCCUACUCUAAUGGCAACUUUUGAAAAACAAAAAUUGCAUAGAGAGAAAUCAAGAAUUUUUUUGGAAAAGGGUUUAAUUUUGUGAUUGAUAUGUUAAAUAGGUGUUAAACUUGUACCCAGCAAUUUAUAGAUAUUCCAUUUCAUACUGGAACAUAAGAUAAAGAAAAUGAGAGAAUACAUUGGCAGGUUUUAAAUGAAAGAAUUUAAAAGAAAACCUAUGACAACGUUGUGUGUCCAUUCUUCAAGAUUUAUUUUUCAAGUAAGAGUUGUUUUGAAGGCUUGGUAUGUAUAUGAAAGUCCCACAAGGGUACAAAUUGGCUCAGGCUAUGACAAAUUUCCUCUCUGAAAGAAAAGUGUGUUCUUUACCAUACAGAUAUUAUUUAUAUCUUAUACUGUUAGAUAGUAAUUAUACAUUGUCUAUAUGAUUGUGUGCCUUGCAAUAAAACCAAAAUUGUACCUGCUAAAAUCAUAA